AUGGAGAAGGAAGACGGAGGCGGUGCGUCUCCUCGUGCACCGUUGGAGAAGAGGGAAUCGCCGGCGAAAGCGGCAGCGGCCAGCGAAGAAGUGACGCCGGAGAAGACGUUGGCAGCAGGGUCGGGUGGCCGCCGAACUCGCCGCUCGCCGGCGGGGGUGUCGAAGAAGGAGGAGGAUGUUGGUGGCGAUGUCCCUCCUCUCGCAAAGCUGAGGCCGCCAACCCUAGGUUGCGGGUUUUGUGAUGGGCCGAGUGCAGCGCUCCGGGUGGGCCGAGAGAAGAAUCUGAGUGGGGUUUCCUUGGGCCUCACUGAUCAACGAAGUGGACUGCAACUUGGAGUCAAGUGGGCUGAGCCUGAGAGUUAUAACGGGCCUAAAAAGGAGUCUUAUGGGUUGUAUAAUCUCAUAGCAAAAAGGCAGGAUAUAUUGGGCUUCACCAGCACAAUCGGGCCGCGACUUUUGGAUAACGUUGGGCCCAAGAGUGGUCUGGUUGAAUAUCUUGUAUAUGGUGUGGGCUUGAUUAUGAAGGUAGAUGAAAUUGAGGGCUUAGCUAAUGGACUUUCAAGAGCUCAUGGUCCAACAUCAUUUGGAGAGUUAACCAAACACGUCAAUGGGGUUCGCCUUCAAAGAGGAAUCAGGCUGCCAACGAAAUUGCAUGGGCCAUCUUGGACUGAAGCUAAGGAAGUGGAAGAUGGGUUUAAUGGAAUUGUCAAAGGCCCAAUCGUAAAGAAUACGAGAUUGAAGAGGAAAGUGACGUGGUUUGUUUAG